CAAUUCAUAAGCCAUUUCAUAAACAAGAAGAUGUCGAAUCGUGUUCAUUUAUCUCACAAAAUAAAACGCCCCUUCAACUCUUCAUGUACAAUAUUCUGCUCAUCUCUCUCCUCCUUUCGCUCCCGAAUCCUCUGGCUGAAUCCGUUCUGGAUUCAGCUUCAUUACUUUGCAGUCCUUUCCGGGGUCGGUUUCUUGGCUUUGAAAUAUUCAAAGCCAAAAACCGCGCCCGCCUUCAGUCCCAAGGACUUGGAUUUGUUUUUCACCUCUGUUUCUGCCACCACAGUUUCAAGCAUGGCAACCAUUGAAAUGGAGGUUUUUUCCAAUACCCAACUUGUUAUUUUAACCUUUUUGAUGUUCGUUGGUGGUGAAGUCUUCACUUCCUUUCUUGGCCUUCUAUUUAAGGCCAGCAAAAGUAAUAUUGGUGAAGAAAAUAGAGUGGUGUCAGCUAAUCCUGAUUCUGAAAAUUCCCAUACUCAAAUUGAGUUGGGUUUGUCUUUAAACAAUCCACAGAUUUUGGAUGAAAACCCAAAUACCAGCUUAGAAUCUGGGAUCAAAUCCGUUAGCAAUGUAUACUUGAAGCACAAUUCCAUCAGGUUUUUGGGCCAUGUGGUCCUCUGUUAUCUACUAAUAUUUCACUUAGGUGGUUCUACUUUGAUUUCUCUAUAUAUCCUCCUUGUUCCAAGUGCUAGACAAGUACUGAAGCAAAAAGGCCUUCAAGUACAAAUAUUCUCUGUCUUCACAACCGUCUCGACGUUCACCAACUGCGGUUUCAUCCCAACAAAUGAAAACAUGGCCGUCUUCAACAAGAAUUCUGGCCUCCUCCUGCUUCUCAUCCCUCUGCUCUUGUUUGGAAACACCUUAUACGGGCCGUGCCUGCGGCUCGUGAUAUGGGUCUUAGAGAUGGUGACAAAGAGAGAGGAGUUUGGUUACCUUUUGAAGAACUAUGGGGAGCUGGGAUAUGACCACUUGUUGUCCAGCAUGAACUGUUUGUGCUUGGCAGCCACUGUCUUUGGGUUCAUUUUGGUCCAGUUUGUGCUGUUUUGCUCCCUGGAGUGGAAGUCAGAGGCACUGAGUGGUCUGAAUUCUUAUCAGAAACUGGUGGGAUCUCUGUUUCAAGUUGUGAACUCAAGGCAUAGUGGUGAAUAUGUUGUGGAUCUCUCUCUCCUCUCUCCUGCAAUCUUGGUGGUGUUCAUUGUCAUGAUGUAUCUUCCACCUCGUACUUCAUUCUUCCCAACUCGCGAGGAAAAGAGCACAAAGACAGAGAACAAGUUAGUGGACUACUUGUUGUUUUCGAAGCUCUCUUAUUUAGCCAUCUUCGUCACUCUUAUCUGCAUCACCGAGAGAGACAAAUUGAAGGAAGACCCUCUCAACUUCAAUGUUUUAAACAUCACCCUGGAAACAAUAAGUGCGUACGGAAAUGUGGGAUUUUCAACCGGAUAUAGUUGUAAACGGCGGGUGAAGUACGAUAGCUAUUGUGAAGAUAAAUGGUUUGGACUUGUUGGAAGGUGGAGUGACAAGGGAAAACUUAUACUCAUUGGUGUCAUGUUCUUUGGAAGGCUUAAGAACUUCGGCAACAAAGGUGGUAGAGCUUGGAAACUGUCCUAGUUAUAACAUGCACUGGUACGCAGUAGAGUCAAGUUGAAUGCCCCGGUGACGACGUUCAGCUAAGGCUCAUAUGUAUCGAUAUAUGCUUUGUGUAAUGGGUACGUAUGUACGGACGUAUUAGGUUCUUAUCUUUGUAUAUAUUGCCGGUGCGUACAUCAUGCAUUGGCGACACUAAUGUAUGAGCUGUGGGGUACGUUGCUUGACCCCAUGGCAGAAAAAUUCUCUCCUAGAUACCAUGGUACUGCUUUAAAUUUUCUGAGGGACUAAUGGUUGACACCAUAAAAAUUGGGUAUGAACCCACGACACAAUGGCACCAAAUGAUUUUCCCAGCA